AUGGAUUCGGCACAAGACGGACCACAAGCUUCGACCAGACAUGCUAAAGACCGCCGCCCAUCGCACAUCCCUGCGAAAUUGCCGCCCCCAAGCUACAACAGUAAGACUGCUGGUGCCAUUGCAUCACUUGAACAUCGCCUGGCAGCACUGGAAUCCAAGCGUUCAUCAACUUCGCAGGAGGCCCAUCAGAGACACUCUAACGCAGCUCAGGUUGUAGACGAUGACCUCAAGGAGUUUGGGCGGGAGUAUGAGGAUCUCGAUGCCCGAAUCGAGACGCUCGAGAGUGCUGGAUUUAGUGCUUUCAAGACCGAUGUCGAGGCCAGGCUGGCACUUAUGGAGCAGCGCAUGAAGCCUUACGAAGUCUACCAGCAGGAGCUUCUCGGUGCGAAUGCGCAGCUUCUCAAGCUACAGGAAACCCUGCGAACGGCUAGUCCUCCAAAGUCAAAUUCGCCACCGUCAAAGCUGCUCAAAGAUUACGACUCCAUUCUCCGCGAGCUCUCUGCUCGGCUGCUGGCCGUCGAAAGCCCAGUGGAAAUUGCCAAGGCGGACGUGAUGUCUACUCGUGAUCUGGCUCUUGCUCUUACACAGCGUCUGAGGCGAGGCGACCUACUGGAUGCGAAGGUGGCGCUUGAGCUCAAACAGGUACUGGAAAGCAACAGAAGUACACUGUCAGGUUUGUCUCUGCUUCCCAAGCCAGCCUUGCGGCAACAAGACACGCCUAGUACCGAAGAGUCUGACCCAGAGCGUCGUAACACCGUGGAGCAGUCUAUAGAACAGACGGAAAAGCGACCUACGGAGAAGCGUCAGCGGAAGUCCACGACGUCACCCGACAAGCCGGCAAAGGCACGGAGAAAGCACAUUUCGGAGUCUGCCACCACGCCGCAGAUUGAGGAGGCGCUAUCGGACUCGAAGUCCGGCGCUUUGUCUGGCGGGCAGCAGGACAACGGCAGCAACACGCCCGUAGACACUUCGAGUGUGGAGGUUUCGCCUGAGGUGCGACGUACAGGCCGCAAGUUAGUACCGACCAAGCAUAAGAACAUGGUCCACUGGUGUGAUGCGAACAAGACAGUCGGCUCACUUCGGCCCAGUGUACCGGCCGCCUUAAGGUAA